AGACGAAAAUGGUUGUUUCCCACGUGUGGAUAUCAUCAUCCUCUCCUCACUGAGAUAUAACAGGCAAAGUUGACAAGUACAAUUGAAUUAUAGUCCAAUCCUGCGCUCCUUCGUCGUAUUCAAUGGCUCUCUGCUGCACUUACUCCUUCAUCUCUCCCUCACUUUUCCACCCUCCCUUACAUUUUCCUCGUCGAAUGUCCCAUCCCAAUGCUUUUGCUUCCUUAAGCUCUUCGUCCUCGUCCUCUGCUGAAUCUAAAUCAUCACAAAGUGUUCCAUCUACUGCUGCUGCUACUUCUAACACAUCUUCAUCCACUCCUUUCGUUGAGUCUAGGCCUCCUGAUCCUGGCUUCAACUAUGCACUCACCAACCCCAACGGCAACCCUAUUGUUAGGAUCGUUCGAGCUACUGAGUCUUCCAUUGAAAGGGUCAUUUUUGACUUCCGCUUCUUGGCACUACUUGCUAUUGGAGGUUCCUUGGCAGGGUCACUCUUGUGCUUUCUAAAUGGUUGUAUUUAUAUUAUUGAUGCAUACAAAGUCUAUUGGACAAGCUGUGUCAAAGGAGUCCACACUGGACAGAUGGUUCUACGGCUAGUUGAAGCAAUUGAUGUUUAUCUUGCGGGUACGGUUAUGUUGAUUUUUGGUAUGGGCUUAUAUGGAUUGUUCAUAAGCAAUGUAACCCCUGAUGUGCCACCUGCUGUAGACCGUGCCCUUAAAGGAUCCUCACUGUUUGGAAUGUUUGCUUUGAAGGAGAGACCUAAAUGGAUGAAAAUUAGCUCACUUGAUGAAUUGAAGACAAAGGUGGGACAUGUUAUUGUCAUGAUUCUUCUCGUAAAGAUGUUUGAGAGGAGCAAAAUGGUUACCAUUGCCACAGGAUUAGAUUUACUAAGUUAUUCAGUUUGUAUUUUCUUAUCAUCUGCUUCUUUGUAUAUACUCCAUAACCUGCAUAAGUCAGACUAGAAUGUAGUUGACAUUGUAAUAUGCUCAAUUCAUGGCUGUAAGCACUCAUGAUACGAAAUUUUAUUUAAUGAAAUAUUCAGCUCAUCCUACAAUAGUAACAAAAGAUGCAAAUGGUUAAUAUUUUUCUCGUCAU